AUGGUGAUUCCUGUUGUGCAAUUCACUCUGCUACUGAGAAUCUACACCUUCGCCGCCGACAGAAAGCCUGUUAACCAAUAUCCACACCAUAGCACCGCUAUUAUCUCGAGUCCGCUCGUCAAGACAGCGCAGCGUCUCUUCAGCAUCGCUGAGCUGGCGGAAAAUGUCAUCCUACGCCUGCCAAUGAAGGAAUUACUUAUCAAUCGACGCGUCUCGAAGGAAUGGCGAAACACAAUCGACAAUUCUCUAAGCAUUCACCAAAAGCUCUUUCUACGCUCUGCUAUGGACUCGCCGCCCCAUCUGCUGGUCGAUUGCAGACGAAGCAAACGCACUAUCGAUCUGGCUGCCGGCGAGUGCGAAGCCUAUACACCCGAAGAGCAGAGCUGGUCGAUCGAGGUGCGGAAGGGCGUUGUUGGCAAUCCGCUUUUCUUCAAGCCGGGACGCGAGCGGGACGUCUUCCAAAAGGCACAUCAGUACAAUCAUGCCGCUCUGAAUAUCGACCAGGCCAUGUUGAACGCUAAGCUGGACUCGAGUGUCGCCCGGAUGUUCAUUACAUUCCCGCCUGUCAAGGAAGUGGUUCUCAGUUAG